AUGGACGACCUCUCCGGGCUGGACUGGUCCGCAUCGAGCACCAAACAACAGCCAAAAGCCCCCUCCAUCCCUCCAGGCGCCAACUACUACGGCUCAGCCCAACUGAACCCCUCGCCCUCGCCCUUCCAGUCCGGCCGCAACACACCCCUCUCGACGACGCAGAGCAAGCCCUCGACGCCGCCCGUCAUCGGCGGCGGCCAGACGAAACCCCCCGCCGCCCCCGCCGACAGCUUCAGCAACCUCCUCAACUUUGGCGGCCCCGCCAAGCCCAACGCGAACCUCUCCCUGCGCGAGCGCCAGGAGCGGCUCGAGGCCGAGAAGAGGCAAAAGGCCGAGGAGAGGCGGAAACAGGCCGAGACGAGCUUCGGCAGCGGGCAGUUCUGGGACACGCUCGGCAACAGCAGCGCUGCGUCGCGCACGGCGUCGCCUGCGCUGGCGCCGCCCUCGCGCGCCCCAGCCACGUCGAGCGGCAACGGCGUCGGCACCAGCGCUGACGAUGACUUGUUUGCGGCCUUCAACAAGGACACCAAGGUUGACAAUGCGAGCCACUACCCCCCGCCGGCUCCCAAGCCCGUCUCGCCGGCGCUGGAUUUGAGCGAUCCGACCGCCUGGAACAAGGCGCCCGCCGCGAGCACGAGCAAUGUCGACUUUGACGACGACGACGACCCUUUCGGCUUGAACACUAUGAAGGGAAAGGCGCCCGCUGCGGUACCGGCGGCGUCGAUCAACACGGCGGACGAUGACGACUUUCUGGGUGACCUGGCGAAACCGGUGGAGGAGGUACGGCGCAAGCACACCCCACAACCGAAGCAGCCCGAGGCAGGAAAGCCUAUCGAGGGCUUCGACUCGAGCUCAGACGAUGAAGCACCUGUGCAACCUCGGCGAAGAGGAAAAGGCCAGUCGGACGAGUUUGAUGAUGCUGUCGCGCAGCUCGUGGGCUAUGGCUUCACACCCGAAAACGCCAGGCGGGGCUUGACGGAGAGUGGUGCUGGCCUCAACGUGCAAGCGGCGGCGAACUGGCUACUCGACGAUGCGCAUCGGCUAUCAAAAGCGAAGGCACAGGGAAAGGACCCCCUGGCCGAGUCCAGGAGACAUCGCGACGUAGGACGAGCCGAUGGACCUCGGCGGACGGAUUCUAGGUCACCUGCCGCUGGCGAUGACCUCUCCAAGGCCGCCGCGGCUGUGGGAAGCAGCGUCUUCAAGGCGGCCAACUCGUUUUGGAAGACGAGCAAGAAACAGGUCGCGCAGGCAUACGCCGAGUUCAACCAGCCCGAGGGAGACCCUAGCCAGCCGAAGUGGAUGCGUUCGGCACAGCAAGAACAGGGCGCGCCUGCACCCAGCAGACAAGCUGCAGAAGCGACGGACGAGGCCAUGAUGCUCGACUCUGGAGCGCGACCAGAGAGGAGACCAGCGCAGAGACCACAAGCGCCGCGGCCCGACGAGCGCAAGGCGUCGCCGCGCGGGCCGUCCCCGGCUCUGUCGGCUGGCCCGUCAUCUGGACGCAACAGCCCGGCGCCGAGGUGGCAGCAGUCGGCGCCCGUCAUUCCCGAUUCAAGGGCCCGCGCCAGCAAGCUUGCGAUGGAGGACGACAGUCUCUCAUCCUAUGUGAGCCCGCACAGGAGGAAGAAGGCCACCCCUCAGCCCCAGCCACAGUCCCAGCCGGCAGCACCGCAGGAGGAGCCUGAUCUACCACAGGCUGCUCAGCCCGUCAAGCGGCCCACGCCCGCUGCCGCUCCACGGGCAACAGCUUCCGCCCGCCGAAUCCCACCAAUCUCGCCAGCAGCUGUCGCGCAGUCCGCGCAGCACCGCCUCGCGGGCACCCAGCACUUCAAGCGUGGCGACUAUGCCUCUGCCCAUGCAUCGUAUUCCAGCUCCCUCGCAGCGGUGCCAUCCACCCACCCCCUCGCUAUUGUCAUUCUUACGAACCGCGCCCUCACCUCUCUGAAGAACGGCGAGCCAAAAAAGGCUGUCGAGGAUGCCGACGCCGCGCUGCAGGUCAUAGGCCCUUCUCAGGGCCAGGGCGAGCAUGUCAGCGUCACGACGGACGCUGGCGCCGAGGAGCGCCGCGACAUGCGCGACCUCUACGCCAAGGCGCUGAGCCGCAAGGCCGAGGCGCUCGAGCAGAUGGAGCGCUGGGCGGAGGCCGGUGCCGUGUGGCAGACGUGCGUGCAGGGCGGCAUCGGCGGACCCACGGCCGUCGCAGGCAGGCAGCGGUGCCAGGCGGCUCUCGCGCCGAAGGCCAAACCCAAACCCAAACCCAAGGCGGCGCCCGCACGAGCGCCCGUCAGGCCACGUGCGGCGGCGACGCAGCAGAAGAGCUCCGAGGCCGUCGAGAGGCUGCGGCAGCAGAACGUGGCGGCGGCGGCCGAGGACGACGAGAAGUUUGCGCUGUCGGAAAAGGUCGACGCGCGGGUCGCGGCGUGGCGGGACGGCAAGCGGGACAACCUGCGCGCCCUGCUGGGAAGCCUCGACGCGGUGCUCUGGGAGGGCAGCGGGUGGAAGAAGGUCGGGCUGCACGAGCUCGUCAUGGCCAACAAGGUCAAGAUUGCGUACAUGAAGGCGAUUGCCAAGUGCCACCCGGACAAGCUUGCGCAGGACGCCAGUACCGAGGUCAGGCUCAUUGCGGCGACCGUGUUCGCGACGCUCAACGAGAGCUGGGACAAGUUCAAGUCGGAGAACGGCUUGUAG